ACGGGAGGGUUCUAGAAGAGCCGGCGCGGCGCGGAAUUCUGGAGCUCGAGCCGCCUCUGCCGUCACGGUUCUAGAAGAGACGGGAGGGUUCUAGAAGAGAUCGGGCACCGUCCGAUCUCCGUCGUUGAUCUCAGAUCGAACAGUGCACAACCGUUCGACCGAACCGCCUUGGACUUUGGACACGAGUUCAGAGGCAGGGUGGAGCACGACUCGCAAACCCCGUCCCCUUCCUUGCGCCGCUGCAGACGAGAGAGAGAGAGAGAGAGAGAGAGACAUGGUGGCGCCGAACUUGAAGGCGGAGACGAUGGGACUGAUAGACCGGCGGGAGGCGCUGGAGGCGGAGAUGGACGCCAUCAUCGCCCGCCUCACCGCGCCCGGCGGGCCGGGCAUCACCGGCGGCCUCGUCGACGCCGAGGGUUUCCCCAGGUCCGACAUCGACAUCCCGAACGUCCUCGCCCAGCGCCGGAGGCUCUCUGAAUUGCGAAAUGAUCACACGGAUAUUACUAACAAAAUUGAUAAGAAUCUGGAGGUUUUACACUCAGCAAAGUUGUCAAGGAAUGAGCAAUCAACCUCAAGUAGGUCUGGUACAACAGCUUCAUCGCACAAUGGGUUAUCUCAAAGUGAACCUAUGGAAGAGGAUCCGGUGACCAGACUUCCUUUUGCCAUGAUUGAUGAAAUCGCAGAUGGUUCUCCUGCAGCUGCAGAUGGUUUGCAACUUGGAGAUGAGAUAGUAAAGUUUGGAAAUGUUGAAGCUGGUGACAGAUUACAAGAAAGGCUCGUCUCUGAAGCUCUUUCCAAUGAGGACAGUCAAGUAUCUUUAGUCAUCAUUCGUCAGGGAUCAGCAAUGGAUAUAACAGUUACACCAAGAAAAUGGCAUGGAAGAGGACUUCUGGGAUGCCAUUUCCGAAUCCUAUGAAGGUCUUAUAUUCUUAAGGAGGAUGAGAUGGUCCAUGUUUGCACCUGUUGAAACAGCUCUAGCAGAAGUGACAUUUCAGCACCGAAAUUAAAUUAACUGAAUGUGUGCACAUAUUAAAAAAACUUUAUUGUGUUUACUUAUUCUACCUGUGGCAGCAUUUGAAAUACACCAGGUAUACCAUGUUAACUUAGUUGAGAAUUGGGAUUUUGGCUU